AUGAUUCCUCAAUGGAUACCUCAAAAUAUACAGAAAAGACUACUUCUAUAUGUGUUGCAACAACUAUCAUUGUUUUCCGAAAUAGAUUUGCCAAAUCUUGAAGAGGUGUCAUUAAAUAACAUCAUCUUAAAAGAUGUUGCACUUGAUCCAGAAAAAGUGGGUAAACUACCUGGAUGUAAUUUAAGAUAUGGUCAAAUCGGAUCGUUGGAACUAACGACGAUAUCAGGUAUAAGUGGUGUGAACAUUGAUGUCAAUGAUGCCGAAAUUGUGAUAUCGCCUGACUUUGAUAUUGACGAGAAUAUGACUAAUCAAGUAGCAUUCCUGUUGGCCCAGAGUACUGCCAAUUUAGCUAAUACUAUAAUGUUGAAUACCAACGAUGGAUCUGAUAUGAACGAAACGUCUGAUCCGGCCCUGGAGGAUGAUGAUGAAGAUGAUAUAGAUGACAAAAUUACUAAACCAAUACCACCGAAAAGGCGAACAAGCUCUGUUACUGGUAAUAAAACUACUGCAUUAGGUGGGGUAAUGCAAAAAGCAGUUGAAAUUGCAUUACUGAGAUUACUGAUAAAAGUCAAUUCAUUAAAGAUAAAAAUCGUGUCCGAUCUAACAGAUCUUCAAAUGGAAGUUGAUUCGGUUAGUAUAAACAGUACAAAUGGAACAAGAACUGUAAGUAUAAAGGGAGUCAAAUUGAGGACGUUGAAACCUAACGUGAAUCCAGGAGAAGGUUUCCAAUCUGGCCAUGCUCCUCAGAAAAAACAACAAGGUAGUGAUAAUGACUCACCAACGGAUGCAAAUAAGCAUGGAAGCGAGAAUGAUAAUGAUGAUGACGACGACGAUUAUGGUAAUGAAUCCUUAAUGGAUAGCAUGGUUUUUUCCCAUGAGGAAGCAAGCUCGAUAUAUAUGAGUGCAACAUCACGAUCUUUCGAAAAAUCAGCAGCAUCGGGAAUACCAGGUGAGGUGGACAAUAAAGCAACAGACAAGGAAGACUAUUCUGAGGAUCCUCCAAUUAUAUUUUACAUGGAUGAUUGUACAAUUGAAUUUGAUGGAUUGUCCACAAUUUCGAACUUAGAAAUAGAGGUUGGGAACAUAAAUUUAGCUUUCACUCCAUUAACUCCAACCUUGGUUUCAAUAUUUCAAGGAGUUGCAAAAAGUUUGAAAAUCAAGUAUUAUCAACAAAAGAAGAAAACAAAGAGUAGGCUGGCUCAGAGGAACGAAAAGUUUCCACAGUAUACAAAUGACAAUGAUGAAAUUCCUGAAGAUCAAUCUGAAUCAGACGAUGCCUCACAUGAACCUUUUUUCAAUAGGUUUAAAGUUAAUAGUUUUGUCAUAAGUGCAACGUCAGCAUUAUCUGAGAAUGGUUUAUUUGCAAACAAGAACGGUAUCAAUAUAAUUUUUUUUAAUAUUAAUAUUAAACAGAAAAAUGAAUUACUACUAUAUGGAGGUGUUGAGACCUUCAAAAUUAUACGAUUUGAAGAUGAUAAUACAUAUGAGAUUUUUCAUUUUGAUAAACCCCAAAGUGCUCCAUCAUCUGCGCCAUCAUAUUCCGGUUCUAAUGAUGUGGCUGGCACGUCAUCGUCAUUAUCUUCAUCAACAGGUAGUGCCACUUCGAAAGCUGACAUUCGUUUUGAAGUUUUCAAGAAAUCUGAAGAGUCUGAUGAUUUAGAAGUAACUGUUUUGAUGGCUAAAAGUGCACAUUUUAAUUUUGAUCUCCAAAGUUUAUUGAUAUUAUCUAAUUUUGCUAAAGCUGUUAGCUCUAUAUAUGAUGAAUACGGACUUCUCAAAUCUGUGAUUGAUAAGUUGGAUACAAGAGAUAAGAAAUGGAGUGGUGGCACCAAUAAUUCUAAAAUGCUGUCGAAAAGUGAAUUUAUCUUACAAACGGCAACAAUUUUUGUGAAUUUUAUAAUAUCAGACGAUUGUCAGCUCCAGCUUAUAGUAUUUCCCAUCAAGUUUAAUCUUCGUCAGGAGCAAUUGACAAUAUCAAAAAUAUUACUUAACUGUACUAAUGGCGAUACUCAAGUAGAGGGUGUAAUCAUUUUAACAGACGUUAGCUUAAUUACUAAAAACCAAGAGUUCAGAGCUUAUUUUCAAUCGACUAAUACUACUACAUCUGCUAAUACACAUCCAUUACCUAGAAAAACCACUAUGAAUUCCAAACUUAGUGUAAUUGUUCAAAAGUUCUCCCUGAAUGUGUCUAUGGAUAGAUUGAAAUUCAUUGGAGAAAAACUUAAGAAUUUUUCUAAUGAGUUUAUCGAAAGAUCACCAACACAGUCUAAUUCCUUGGAAAAUUCUUUCUUAAAUGAGCCCGUAGAAAGGCAACGAUUAGAAAGCUCACUCCAUAUGAACUCUUCGUUGUUUUCUACACGAAGACCAGGAAGACGGCUCGGUUUGGGAUUUAAUAAUUCUCCUAGUGUUUUUUUGGGGUCAACUCGAGUUACCAUGGCAAGUUUUCAAGUUUGUUUUAAAGAAGCAACAUUUAAUAUCACCGGUGUAUUUCCCAAAUUUGGAAAUUUUAGUGUACAAAUGCUGGAUAUUUCUUUUUACAAGUUGAAAAAUGAUAUUUUAGGGCAUAUACUUUCUGUCCUGGUACAAAGAAAGAAAGGUGAUUUGGUAGAGAAUUUAAUACAUCAAUAUCAAGAUUUAUCACCCAACAGUCUCGAAUUCCCAUUGCUACUGAUCAAAUGUAAACUUGGAGACAAAACGACUAAAAUCGAAAUCACUGCUAGAAAUCUUGUGCUUGAAUACUAUACAAAUUGGUUAUUACUAAUGGAUAAAGAGGAAUCUAUUAUUGACGCAGUUGAAGAAGAAAUUAUUGAAAAAGUGACUCCUUCACAACAUUCUUCAUCCCAGAAUAAAUUAGAUAUCAGAUAUUCGAUGUAUGACUGUAUGGUUGGUUUAACACCAGGAAGGUUGAGCUGUAAAAGCUAUUUGAUUAUUGGUAAGGGAGACUCUGACAUUUCCUUUGGUGUUGAUCAAUUUUAUGUCAAAUGUUCCUUUAGAAACAUAUCCAUGGUUUUAAUUGAUGAUACGAAGAACAUUCUACCAUUUAGUGAGCCCAGUACCUCAUCAUCAUCGUCUUCGUCAUCUGCUACUCGCCAAACACCUUAUGUUUAUAUUCAGCCAUUAGACUAUUAUUCCAAGUUGGGUUAUAUUCAUCUUGGUUUGAUUAAUGUUGCCCAUGUUGGAAUUACAUUUAAUACCGAUAUAGAAGCAUUAAAGGACAGAAACGAGAAACUUGGAAUUAAAGACAGUUUGACAUUUGUGGAUCUAAAAACAAAUUUAGAUGAAUGUCAGUUCAACUUAUGUGCUGAUACUGCAAACACAUUGAUUCAGUUGGUUAACGAUUUGAAAUUACCAUUGAAUUUUAAAGAUGAAGAUAAAAUGAAAGUGGAUUUUGCUGAUGGUAUUAAUGUUAUGCAGGGUAUUGAUCAGAAUAUAUUUAAAGGGUUGACAGAAACAUUAACGGAAUUAAAUCUCAAUGGCACAGAAAAUGGGUCUACAAGUGAAAGCAGUUCUCAAGAAGCGUCAUCAUUAAUGUUUGAGGAGGGGCACUUUGAUAGGGGGAAUCGAUCACUAUAUGAUAAUUCACAUGUUGAUCCUCUUCAUAUAAACAUCAACUUGUCGAAAGUCAAAAUAUACUUACAUGAUGGAUAUGAUUGGAAAGAUACUCGAAAGGCAAUCCGUGGAGCCGUCAAGAAUUUUGAAACAGCACAAACAGCAAAAACAGUGGCUAAGGAGAAGGAGAAAAAGCGUAAAGUUGAAUUUGAAACUCGAGAUAUUGAAGUUCAGGAAGAUGUCUUCCAAGAAACUUUGUUUCAAUCAAUUCAUGUGGUUGCUCCUCGUAAUCAAAAUGCACGUGAUAUGGCUACCAGUAUCAAUUUAGAUCUUCAGAAUGACAAAGAUGGAGAAAGUCGUGAUGUAUCAACUGCAAACUCUGGUAAGAGUUAUAAGAAUCUAAAAUUAAGAAGAUCAGCAAAGCACAAGCUUUUAUUUGAUUUGAAAAGUAUUGAGGUUGGUGUCAAUGUUUAUUCAACAAGAGAUCCUAGACGUGAUAAAACCGAUGAGAAUAUGAAAUAUGAAUUAUUGAAUUUUAUCGAGUUAAGAGUGGGAACAGUUGAUAUUUAUGAUAAUGUGUCUACGUCAACAUGGAACAAGUUUUUAAGUUAUAUGAAUAUACUUGGUGAUCGAGAAAUUGGAACCAGUAUGGUGAAGGUUUCAAUUUUGAAUGUUAGACCUGAUCCUGCAAUGGUUUCUGGCGAAGCAAUAAUGAAUGUAUCGGUAUUACCCUUGCGAUUGCAUAUAGAUCAAGAUGCCCUUGAUUUUUUGGUUAGGUUCUUUGAAUUUAAAGAUGAAAGAUUUGAAUUGCCACCAGAUGAAAUGGUUUAUAUACAAAAAUUUGAAAUAAGUUCAAUCAAGUUGAAAUUAGAUUAUAAACCCAAGAAAGUUGAUUAUGCUGGGUUGAGAUCUGGUAAAGCAGGAGAAUUUGCCAAUUUUUUCACUUUGGAUGGGUCCACUUUAACUUUACCUAAAGUCAAACUAUUUGGAAUACCGGGUGCACCCAAAAUUGGUAUUGGGCUAGGCAGGGCUUGGUUACCUGUGUUUCAACUGACACAGGUUAUUGGUAUUAUAUCGGGUGUGUCUCCAUUGAGGUCUGUGGUUAACAUUGGUGGUGGCUUUAAAGAUUUGGUUGCAAUUCCAAUAUCAGAAUACAAAAAAGAUGGUCGAUUAUGGAGAAGUAUACAAAAGGGUACUGUUUCAUUUGCCAAGACUACGGGGUAUGAAAUAUUGAAUUUAGGAGUUAAGUUGGCUUCCGGGACACAAGUAUUAUUAGAACAAGGGGAAGAAAUGUUAGGUGGGGAAGGCUCUAGUGUAAGAAGUCCAAAUUUAGGUGGACUGGAUAAUCGACGCAAUUCCAAUGCUUCAGAUGAGUUACCUGUUGAAGUUGCAAAACCCAAAUCCCAAAAUAAUCUACUUGUUAGUUCACAAAUUUUGAAUAAAGCAUCAACAAAGAUUGAAACUCAUAGCUACGAUACCAAAAAACUAUAUUCCAAUAUUGAAUUAGAUGAUGAAGAUAUGGACGAUAAUAGGAUUAAUGGAAUUAAUAAAGAAUUGCUCAGCAAAUCAAUAUUUUUACUAGCCCCAGCAGAAGAGAAACUAGCAAAAUUACAACCUCAUACCAAAGGCAAUCAUGAAGGUCUUACUGAAGAAGAAGAAGACGAAGAUGAAGAUGAAGAGUAUCAACUUUAUGCAUAUGAAAAUGAAGAAGAACUACAAGAAAAAUUGGUUAGUCUUUAUUCGAAUCAACCAGAAACAAUUGAGCAAGGUUUGAAAUCGGCAUACAAAUCUUUGGGGACUAAUUUCAAACUCACCAAAAAGCAAUUGCUUAAAUUAAGAAGGGAAUUGGCUGAGACAGACACAAUACAGGAUUCCAUGGUGACAGUAUUGAAGAAUUCUCCGAUUAUUUUGAUGCGCCCAUUGAUUGGAUCUACUGAAGCGGUUUCGAAAUUAUUGAUGGGGGUGGGGAACCAAAUAGAUGGUAAAAAACUUGUGGAGAAAAAAGAUAAAUAUCCUACCUAG